CAAAGCCUGACUGUCUACCUCACUAUCGGACUCCCACAGCUACCCAAGGGAGAGAGAGAGGAGUGAAGAGAGACACCACUUGUUUUUUUUGUGUGUCUUUUCUUGUAGUAGCUGUUAACUGUUGUUAAUGACGCGCGUUUGGACAACUCUGGUCUCCGGUCCCAGGAAGGGCCAGGGGCAUUAAAGUGAAAGUGUGUGCGUCUGUUCUCUUUUUCUCUCCUGUACACUGGAACCAUACAGUUAGCAUCAUGACUCUACUGGGCUCUGAACGCUCCAUACUGAUACGAAGCAAGUUUAGAUCAGUUCUGCAGUUCAGACUCCAGCAGAGGAGGACUGGAAAGCAGCUUGCAGACCAGGGCAUCAUGCCUCUAAAACAUGGGACACUUCCUAAGCAGGAGGACUCGUAUGCAUUCGAGGAGGACAGCAGCAGUGACAGUCUGUCUCCAGAGCAAAUCCACAGUAGCAGUCUAUCUCCAGAGCAACCCCACAGUGACGAGUCCCAGGGGUCCGCAUGCCCCUCUUUUGAAGCCAUGGGCAGCACCCCCUCCUCCUCCUCAUCACCAGCCCUCACUAGACCUAGACAGGGGUGUCAGAACAGAGACCCGUCUGAUCAGAGCCAGGAAGAUGGCUUGUCUGUGGCUAACAAUAGGCAGUCUGCAGCCCCACCGGCCGUAGUCAACUCUAAGACCCCAGACAAGAACCGCCACAAAAAGCCCAAAGACGUGAAGCCUAAGGUGAAGAAGCUGAAGUACCACCAGUACAUCCCUCCGGACCAGAAGGCCGAGAAGUCCCCUCCUCCCAUGGACUCGGCCUAUACCAGGCUCCUGCAGCAACAACAGCUCUUCCUACAGCUGCAGAUCCUCAGCCAACAGAAACAUGCACACACACAUUCGCACACACACUCACAGUACACACACUCCCGACAUGCCCAACACACACAGCAACGCCAGCAUAGCUUCAACUACCAGCCUCUGCACCAGCCGGCCCUAGCCCAGAAACAAUCCAGUGAGCAGCUGAUGGUGUGUACCUCGAGUGUUCCUACUAACACAGUCAACAGUAGCUCCUUGUCUUCAGUGAAGACCACAUACUCCGGUCAAACCAAUGUCUCAUCAGUCAAACCUGCUCCUCUCCCACCUAACCUGGAUGACCUGAAGGUGUCAGAGCUCAGACAGCAGCUGCGUAUCCGGGGCAUGCCAGUCUCAGGAACCAAGAUGGCCCUCAUCGAGAGACUCUGCCCCUUCAAGGACCACACCUCAAGCCCCUCCCAUUCAGGCUCCAAUGACAUCACCACGAUCACCUUCCCUGUCACCCCCACGGGGUCCCUGUCCUCCUACCAGUCCCCCUCCUCCUCCAGCACCCUCUCCCAGGGCGGGUAUUACCCCUACCCCAGCACUUCCUCCACCCCACCCAUAUCCCCCGCUUCCUCAGACCUCUCCCUCAGCGGCUCACUCCCAGACAGCUUCAGCGGCAUGCCCAUGUCCUCCUCGCCACUGUUUUGCAUCCAGCCGUCCCCAGGCCAGCUCAGCGCUGAGGAAGGCCAGGGGGGAGGGGGUUUGAGCGGGGUAGGACUGCAGGGAGGGGAGGUUGAAGGAAUGGAACGGGAGAAGGAUAAGAUUUUGGUGGAAAAACAGAAAGUGAUUGAGGAGCUGACGUGGAAAUUGCACCAGGAACAGAGACAGGUGGAGGAGCUCAAGAUGCAGCUGCACAAGAGGAAGCGUUGCCAUGGCGCCACACAGGAGGGUGUCCUGGCUCCAUCCCAGCCCCACCACCUUCCCCUCCAGCAAUCCCCGUCCCUGAUGGGGCAGCACUUCUUUGGGGUGACAGUCAAGCAGGAGCCCAUGUCCCUCUCCUCCAGCUGCCCCUUCUCCUCCCCCAAGCACCUAAAGAGUCCUCCAGGAAGCUGCAUGGAGGAGAUGGGCCAUUGCGGUGCCUCCCUGCCCAGUAUGGGGGGCCCUGAUGGGCCACGAUGCCUGGACCAGACCCCCUCCUCUGGAAGUCCCUCAGGCAUGUGUUCCUUCCUGAGUCCCCAGUGCUCUCCUGAAGACUCGCCCAUUACCAAGAAGUCCAACAGCCCCCAGCCUUCCUCCCCCAACAACCCCUACCUGCUGUCACUGCCGCUGGGCAGAGACAGGUGCAGCCAGCCCCUCAACCAGGCCAGCACCAGGCCCUGCAACAUGCAGAUUCACCAGAAGAAUGAAGGCCAGGCUGUAAACUGCUCCUAUCCCUCUGACCAGAGAGAGCUCCCCAACUCAGCCGACAACAGCCUGAACCACAGGGUCAACCUGAAGUCCAAGAACCCAAAUAUGCAGCAGAUACCUAUAUUGCCCUGUCCCCAGCACGUUGGCCAAAAGUGCCCGGUCUCGUCCCCCGCCUUCUGUAGCUCAGAUUCAGCUGCAUCCGACUCUAGGCAGCCCCCUUGCUAUGAGGAUGCAGUCAAGCAGCAACUGACCAGAAGUCAGCAGAUGGAUGAGCUUCUGGAUGUGCUCAUAGAGAGUGGAGAGAUACCAGCUAACGCCAGAGAAGAGAGGGAGAGGUCCUCUGUAACCAAAGUUGUGCCUCACAUUACAGUGUCCCCUGGAACCACCGACCUUGCCGACCCAAAGUUCCACCGAAGACACUAUGAACACCUGUCCCCCUCCCAGCUCAAUUACGACCACACAGCCAAUCACAUUGCAGACAGCCACCUGGAGACCCUGCUGGGAAGCCCUCUAGGCCGAGGGGGUGAGGUCGCCCUUCUCAAGAUGGUCGCAGAGGAAUCAGGGCAGGGAGAGGAGGGGGAUAUUGGACUAGAGGGCUACCCCGGUCCGAACCACCACCACCACCAGGACAAACUGCUCUCCAACAGGGGCCUGAUGGAAACCCCAACACCUCUAUCUCCCAUCCACUCCAAAGUGACGUCUGUGGCCGAGGUGCAGGGGAUGGUCGGCAUGACGUUUAGCGAGUCGCCGUGGGAGACGAUGGAAUGGCUGGACCUGACGCCCCCGAGCUUGGCUACGGGAUUCAGCUCUGUCCCUCCCACCGGGUCAAGCAUCUUCAACACAGAGUUCCUGGACGUUACAGACAUCAACCUGAAUACAGCCAUGGACCUUCAUCUAGAGCACUGGUGAAACACCGGAGACUAGCAACCUACAAAAAUAACAAUAUUUUAUUAAUUCAGCAGACUCUUUUCCAGAGUGACUUACAGGAGCAAUUAGGUGCCUUGCUCUGAGUUUUCACCGAGUUGGCUCAGGGAUUCAAACCAGCAACCUUUUGGUUACUGGCCUUACGCUCUUAACCGGUGGGCUACCUGCCAGCCCCCAACACAGCAGGAUACAUGUUAGCUACCUGGAAAACACAACAAAAGACUAUAGUGUCUAGCUACUAGCUAGCUACCUAUAAAACACAACACUUAACUAUAGUGUCUACUAGCUAGCUACCUAGAAAACACAACAUUAGACUAUAGUGUCUAGCUACUAGCUAGCUACCUAGAAAACACAACAAGAGACUAUAGUGUCUAUUAGCUAGCUACCUAGAAAACACAACAAGAAACUAUAGUGUCUACUAGCUAGCUACCUAUAAAACAGAACAAGAAACUAGUGUCUACUAGCUAGCUACCUAGAAAACGCAUCAAUAGACUCGUGUCUAGCUACUAGCUAGCUACCUAGAAAACACAAGAGACUGUUGUCUACUAGCUAGCUACCUAGAAAACACAACAGGAAACUAUAGUGUCUACUAGCUAGCUACCCAGAAAACACAAUAGACUAGUGUCUACUAGCUAGCUACGUAUAAAACACAACAAUAAACUAUGGUGUCUACUAGCUAGCUACCUAGAAAACACAACAAGAAACUAUAGUGACUAGCUACCUAGAAAACACAACAAGAUACUAGUGUCUAGCUACUAGCUAGCACAACAAUAGACUAUAGUGUCUAGCUACUAGCUAGUUACCUAGAAAGCACAACAAGAUACUAUACUGUCUACUAGCUAGCUACCUAGAAAACACAACAAGAGACUAUAGUGUCUACUAGCUAGCUACCUAGAAAACACAACAAGAAACUAUAGUGUCUACUAGCUAGCUACCUAUAAAACAGAACAAGAAACUAGUGUCUACUAGCUAGCUACCUAGAAAACGCAUCAAUAGACUCGUGUCUAGCUACUAGCUAGCUACCUAGAAAACACAAGAGACUGUUGUCUACUAGCUAGCUACCUAGAAAACACAACAGGAAACUAUAGUGUCUACUAGCUAGCUACCCAGAAAACACAAUAGACUAGUGUCUACUAGCUAGCUACGUAUAAAACACAACAAUAAACUAUGGUGUCUACUAGCUAGCUACCUAGAAAACACAACAAUAAACUAUAGUGACUAGCUACCUAGAAAACACAACAAGAUACUAGUGUCUAGCUACUAGCUAGCACAACAAUAGACUAUAGUGUCUAGCUACUAGCUAGUUACCUAGAAAGCACAACAAGAUACUAUACUGUCUACUAGCUAGCUACCUAGAAAACACAACAAGAGACUAUAGUGUCUACUAGCUAGCUACCUAGAAAACACAACAAGAGACUAUAGUGUCUAGCCACUAGCUAGUUACCUAGAAAACACAACAAGAGACUAUAGUGUCUAGCUACUAGCUAGUUACCUAGAAAACACAACAAGAGACUAUAGUGUCUAGCUACUAGCUAGUUACCUAGAAAACACAACAAGAGACUAUAGUGUCUAGCUACUACCUAGCGACCUAGAAAACACAUCAAUAGACUAUAGUGUCUAGCUACUAGCUAGCUACCUAGAAAACACAACAAGAGACUAUAGUGUCUAGCUACUAACUAGGUACCUAGAAAACACAACAAGAAACUAUAGUGUCUACUAGCUAGCUACCUAGAAAACACAAGAGACUGUUGUCUACUAGCUAGCUACCUAGAAAACACAACAAGAAACUAUAGUGUCUACUAGCUAGCUACCUAGAAAACACAACAAGAGACUAUAGUGUCUACUAGCUAGCUACCUAUAAAACACAAUAGACUGUAGCGUCUACUAGCUAGCUACGUAUAAAACACAACAAGAAACUAUGGUGUCUACUAGCUAGCUACCUAGGAAACACAACAAGAAACUAGUGUCUAGCUACUAGCUAGCUAAGCUACCUAAAUACAACAAGAGACUAUAGUGUCUAGCUACUAGCUAGCUACCUAGAAAACUCAACAAGAUACUAUAGUGUCUACUAGCUAGCUACCUAGAAAACACAAGAGACUAAGGUAAACUCACCCCAUUCCGUACAAAUGUGUGCAACCGCGACAUUCAAAAGAGGCUGCAAAGAAAACUAAUGGGACUGUAGCGAAUGUGUUGACUUCAAAAUCUGGGGUGUGAACU